AUGAAAGAGAGCGAGGAAGAUGAGAACAUCGCUCUCGCAGCGGAAGGACGAGCGGAGAUCGUCGAAGGAAAGUUCAGGGAACUGGGGAUCCCUCGCAAAUUCGACUACGAACGCGUCAAGGCCGCGAGAGCAAACCAAAUGGCGAGAUCACUGAUCCAUGAGGGUCGCGACUCGGUUUCGACUGCAUGGUUCGCCUGGUAUGUCGAUUUCAAUGUAUGGAACUUCAUCCAUGAGAAGUGUGAGUACUACCGCAAACAUCAAGUCCGAAACCCUCUGCUGACGUUCUUGAACUGCCUUUUAGUCGCCAAAGAUGGCGACCACGAGACCUUCCCGUGGAUCGACUUCGAACCAGCCGUGAAGCCCAAUACUCCAGAAGACGCCUCCGCCUGGUUCGACGGCUUGAAGGACGCCAUCAAGCAAAAGUACGACCUUCCCGCCCUGGAACGGAAGAAGCAGGGCCUCACCUUGACGAGACCGGAGAACUACCUUGUGCGUGACCACGACAAAGUCGCCGCGCGUUUACGCGAAGACACUUGGAACAACGUCUUCCCCGGAAGAGUGCCUCCCCACGGCAUCGCCUUUGAAGUCAUCGUUCCCUCUGCCGUCAAGAUGUUUUCGGAUCUGAAGUGGGACGUAACCCAGGGAGCGCAUCAUAUCCCGGAUACAGUCGGCAUUUCCACGGUUGGGCGAGUACACCGCCGCGGCCACUUUGUUAUGGCGAUGGUUCUCGGUUAUAACCCUGGCGUCGUUGACGACCCGGAGAGCAGAUUGAUUCUGGCCAAGACGUACGACCUCAUCUUGAAAUGGGCCGUGACGAUCAUCACCACCGGCAGAAGCAUGAAGCUCACUAGAGUUUUCAAAAACUUCGACCUGCCGCAGCCUGGACUUGAUGCUGUUGGAGAGGAUACAAUCAUGGGAGGCAUGGGAGACGAGAUGGAGCUCACGCGGGAGCAGCUCGCCCUCUGCGCUGAAGAGUUUGAUGUGGUGCCGUUGACUUCCAUCCCGGACUACGCUGUGUUCCGGGUAAGCGAAUGGCUGCACCGGGAGGUUUGCCGCACAUCGGCAGAGGAUCGCUGCCGAUUGCUCCGGGAUUGGUGCCAGCUUGAGAAUGGCAAGUUCCACCAGAACCUCGAGGGAAUGACUCGAGAGGACCUCCAGAAGGCUUGUCAUGAAGCGUGGAUGGAGAAGACAAAUAAGUGGAAGGAAACGCUUGACGUCACGGUGUGGUCGUGGACUGAGGAGGUUUACUGGGCGAAGAAGAUUGCGGAGCCGUUUGACUCUUGA